AUUGGUGAUAAGUGAUCAGUCGAAAGAUAGUGGCGAGUUUACCACAAAACUAAACUCUGAAGCCGAUCUAGAUAUUACAUUAUUUGCCGGCCGAUUUUCCUUUCGAUAGCUGUGCCGUGAAGGUUUUUCUGCGACCGAUUUAUUUGACCAUCUACAAUCAUUACCAAAAUGGAAGAAGAACAACGUCGUAUGCAGAGUGCAGUAUAUGAUGUAUUAAAUGAUAUAGAUAGAAAAUGUUUAAGGACUUUGCAAAUUCAAAUGCAUCAAUGUGCUAUUGAAUGCUGUAAAGACCCUUCAAAAAAUAUUGAAUCAUUGGAAGUAUGUAAUGAAAAUUGCUCAAAGGAAGUAGCAGCUGCUCGCAACUAUGUUCAAAAUGAAUUUAGCAAGUGGCAGAAUAGAAUACAACGUUGUGUACAAGAUUGUAGUGAUACUAUUAUGGAUAAAAUGCCCAGUGACAGAAAUCGAAGCGAAAAUGAGAUGAAUAAAUACAUAAAAGAAGCAGAAGGAUGUACGUCACAAUGUUUUACAAAAUACAUUAAAAUAUUACCACAAUUGACCAAUAAAAUUGUUGAUAACUUGUCCAACAAAAAAUUACAAUAACACUAAUUGCAUUUCCAAGAUUAUACACAUUCAAGGCAAAAUAACUAGAGAAUCAUUCAUAUUAAUUUCAAUGUUAAUGUGUAUUAGUCUCAUAACAUAUUGAUUUAAUGUAAGAUCAAGUUAUUCUUCCAAUAAAUUAAUUGUGCUUUUGUAGUUUGACAUAUAUAUGUUAAUAUAGUGUAAUAAAUGGAUUAUAAAAUGAA